AUGGCUUAUAACUACAAGAUUAACACAGAUAGCUGUGAGAUUCAUUUAGCUGCAAAUCAGACUUUGGGACUGCCGAGCGGAGCAAACCCCCGCCUGCCGGAGAGCCCGAGCACUCGGAAGGGGGAAGGGGGAACAAUAAAAAAGUUGGACACAGGAAGACAGGCCUGCAGCUCUGCCGAGAGCCCCGGCCUGGGUUCCUUCCCCUGCCCGGAUCCCCGGGGCAGCAGGCGGGAGCCCCAGCGCCAGCGGCCCCCUCGAACUUGUGCCACGACCCAGCCCCCCGGGAGAAGGGAAGGAGGAAGAGCCAGGCAGGAAAGGCAGAACCCAGCGUUUGAUCAGCCUCCAAGUACGACGCAUUAUGCAAGCAAACGCAAGGACCAGGGCCCGCCGAGGGCGGCCGCGCUGCCGCCCCCCUCCCCGCCAGGCGGCCCGGGAGAGGCCAGGGGGCCCCCGGCACCCCUGCCCGGGGUGGGGGGGCGAGGGAUAUCCCUGCAGCGGGCUCAGGGACUGCCUGGCCAUUUUGUCAGCUCCGUUUCCACCCCUUCCUUGCACGGCGAGGGCCCCAUUCCACCCCUCCGGGCCGCCCCAUACACUCACCAGCACGGCGCCGCGUCGUUCCCGGCUCCCAUUCGCCCCCCCACCCCCAUCCGCAACAAUGCUCCGGGAUGGCGCCGCUCCCCUCCCCCUGCCCCGGGCCGCCAGGAAGGGCAGCUCGGCUAA